AUUUACAAACGGAGUCGUAAUUUUAAUAGCCUUAUACGCUAAGUACCCUGGAAAGCUCUGAGUCUUAGAAAAAACGUCUACGGCACUCUGAAAAUAUAUUGUCACUUUUUAAUUCAUGUUAAUAGCUCCUAUUUAUCAAGGAUCAAUUUACCGCAUGUAUGGUGCUGCACGGUCAGUUGCCAAUGAUUAUUGCGAACUCAACACUCGUAUGAUGUGGUCGUGACCAAAACUAAUUCUAAAAAAAUAUAGUUACAUCGACUAAAGAUGACUUCAACCAAAUAGAUUUGUGUUUUAUAGUUUGAGAAAAACUACUUAAUAAAAAGAAAUGCGGCUUCGACGAGAUGUGUGGUUUCAUUGCCUCCUUGUGUUAAACGCCGUUGUGGUGCUGGAUAGUGUAACUUUAGGAGAAAGACAAUUGUUUCCUCAUACCAGAAUACCUAAUGAUGCUUUAAGCACGCGAAGAGCAAUAGUAAGGCGGAAGAUAGUUCUUUAUCACAAUUUUUUCCGUACUAAAGUAAGACCGCAGUCGUCUAAUAUGUUGCUGAUGUCGUGGCAUCCGGAGGCAGCACGCCUAGCUCAAAGAUACGCAGAGAAGUGUAUUUUUCUUCAACACAAUGAUGCAAAAGAAAAUGCAGUCCCUCAUCUGGGUAACUGUGGACAGAAUCUCUUUGUUUCCUUGCAUAAAUCCCCAUGGUUUUUUGCUAUAAAGAGUUGGUUCCUGGAGUACAAAAACUUCACGUAUGGAGUGCCGAUUCGAGACAUUCACUCUGUAGGCCACUACACCCAGAUGGUGUGGUCUACAAGCCACAAAGUAGGCUGCGGUAUAGCACACUGCGCAGGCGGGCCUUGGGGCUCCUUCUAUAACUACGUUUGUCAUUACUGCCCUACUGGAAAUUUCGAUACUAUAACGCAGUAUCCUUACAAAGUGGGCUCGCCCUGUGCAGACUGUCCCGGCCACUGCGUCGGGGGGAAGCUUUGCACUAACUGGUGUCCCGAGAAAGACUUCUUUUCCAACUGCGAUGAUCUAGUGAAAUAUCCCGACACCUGUCGGCAAGGCGUAUGUAACGCCACUUGUAUGUGUACUGGCAAAAUACACAAGAACUAUCCUUGGUAGACUUUACUUUCUGUGUAAAAUGUGUACAUAGUACGGUGUAUUCUGUCAGUUUAUUUUAAGACUUAACAUUACAUUUACCUAUACCUAUUAAUUACAUUAUACAUUUACUUAUUAAAUUACUACCUUCUUUAUACUGGACUAGCUUUUGCCCCCGACUUCACCCGCGUUCAUCACGUACGUCGGCUCAUAACUUAUUUUUAUAAAUAUCUCGGGUUUUGAGCAACGUAUCGCAGAUUGAAACCUAUAUCAGAUUUUACAAGCAUGUCUUUGAAACUCGUAAUGAUUGGUUUAAAAGAUUGCAAAAAGAAAAGGCAGGAAAUAAAUGUAUCCUUAUGGAAUCUUGCCUUGCAUGGGGUCUGGUUUGUCAAUGGGUACAAAACAAAGCUAUUUUAAUGGCGAAGUGGCUGCUUUGCUCGCACUUAAUGUGACAACUUUUUAUCAUAGUAAGUGGUGUAGGAAAUAAUUCGGAGUGAUUCUCAGGACGAAUACCCAUGAUUUAUUGUUGAGAUAAUUUCUUAUAAAUAUUAGUAAAAAAAGUUUAAUAUUCUUAAAAGCAAAAUACACAAGUUUGCUAUA